GGAAAAUCAUAAUACAUCUUUGGGUAUAAGAAUGGCUCGCCCUAUAUUUACAGUGCUGUAUUGCUAUAUAUCACAUAUUUCUUUUCUAGCUAUUCAUGCAUCGAUCACAUACAGGGAACUGGAGAUCACCGGAGCACGCAAUUUGAGUUUGCGUCUCUUUCAAGGGGAUGGAUAGUGUCCUUCCAUAUGAAUUGGAUGCAAGGUCGGACGCAAGAUGGAGUAGAUUAUAACCGAGGCUAGUCUCUCCCCCGCCUUCCCACGGUCGGUCUUUCGCUCAUUUACUAUAUAUUCGGGGAUUCGUUCCUGAGAUGGUGGACUUUUCUCGCCGACUCUAUCUCCUCGUCCCCUGACUAUUGAGCACAAGAGUAUAUCAUCCGAGAUGACCCUCAACCAGUUUCUACAGACCGACCGUGAGACAUAUUCCUAUGUCUUCAUGAAGAAUGUCGACAUUCCCUUGAAAACCUCUGGCAAAGGAGUCCUCCGCGCCAACGUCUUUCUCCCCAAAGACGCCGCCCCAUUCGGCUCGCAAACCUACCCGGUGAUCGCUACCUAUGGUCCCUAUGGCAAAGAUGUUCCGUAUUCUGUCUUCAAUCGGAGUAGCUUUGAUGAGGUGAACCCACAGCACAAGUCCGCCCAUUCAGCAUGGGAAACCCCCGACCCAGGGUACUGGACUCAACGGGGCUACAUCGUCUUGAGAGUAGACGAGAGAGGAACUGGGCAAAGUCCAGGGCACUUAGACGUCCUGUCCCGUGGAACCAGUGAGACCUUCUUUGACGUGAUCGAGUGGGCUGCUGAGCAGGAAUGGUCGACCGGCAAGGUCGGCCUGCUGGGGGUCAGCUACUACGCCGCUACGCAGUGGAGCGUGGCAGCUCGCAGACCCAAGGGGCUCGCCGCGAUCGUUCCUUGGGAGGGCUUCAGUGACUAUAACCGAGAGGCUGUUCGUCAUGGUGGCAUCCUCGCGGACCAAUUUAUAGGGAUAUGGUGGUCUCGCCAAGUACUAACCAACCAAUAUGGCACCCCCGGUCGCUGGGGUGAUCCAACUCUCGAAGGGGACCUGGAUUCGGAGACCCGGGCCCAAAACCUGGCUGGCUUGACCGACAACACCGUCCAGUAUCCGUUCGCGGACGAUGAGCAAAACAAGUCUCGAGUGUUUGCUGUUGAGGAUGUCGAAGUCCCCCUUCUCAGUGUGGCCAACUGGGGUGGUAUUUUGCUGCACUUGCGUGGUAAUGUGGUCGGAUGGAUGCGAGCGUCUUCUCGAUACAAGUCUCUACGCUUCGUCGUCGGCCGACAUGACUUACCCUUCUACUGGGAGCAAUCGGCGGAGCUGCAACGGUCGUUUCUGGAUUGCUUCUUGAGAGAUGACGACCAUGCGGGCUGGAAAACCAAUCAGCCCCGGGUCUAUCUCACUCUGCGGAACAAGGAUUGCCAUCUCAGGAAUGAGUUGGAUCAGCCGGGUCGCCCCGAGGCGGAUUGGCCUAUCCCCGACACCCAGUAUACCAAGUUUUUCCUUACGCCGAAGCGUACUCUAUAUACCGUAGCCGCCCAGACGACGGACACAUGCACCUACGAUGCGCUCCAUGGGGACCCUAUCCAAUUCCAUUAUACGCCCAGUUCUCCCAUUGAGAUUACGGGGCAUAUCGUUGUGCACUUAACCAUUUCCGCCUCUCGACAAAACCCUGACAAUGCACCCCCUUCUGAUAUAGAUAUCUUCGCCACCCUGCGCAAGCUGGAUAAGGAGGGAAACGAAGUGUUCUACACAGGGACCGUCGGCGAUCCGGCUCCCGUUGUCAAGGGGUGGCUGCGUGUUUCACACCGCAAGGUGGACGAGACACAUCCUUUGCACCGCCCUUACCUGCCAUAUCGCAGCUACUCCCGUGCUGAUGUGCUGCCGGUGGUAGAGGAUGAUAAGUAUGCAGUUGACGUGGAAAUGUGGCCGACAAACACGGUACUGGAAGCCGGAGAAUCACUCGUACUGGAGAUUGCGGGUCACGACACGCAGGGUGUGGGCUUGUUUUCGCAUCAGCAUCCAGAGGACCGCGCCCCAAGCAAGCUUGCAGGCCUGAAUCACGUAGAGGUGGGUAGGGAUAGUAGCUGGAUUUUGCUGCCUGUUAUCCCAGCGCGGAACUAGCAUCGGAGAAUAAAUGUUGUUAUCAGCCCUCUGCAUAGACGGCCAUAUCCAUCACCGGGCUAGCACUGGGAUGAAAUAUUCAGAACAUAAUUGGGGAACAGUGAUCCUGUCGCAUACAGAGACAACUUCGUCCAUCCUCCUAUGGGUUCUCAGACCCUAUUUACUUUAUAGCAGACCUCCUUA